AUGCGUUGCAGCCGCCUCACGGCCUGUCAUGCUCCAGCGGUGGCUCACGUAUCCGGUGAGACGGCCACAGGCCGAGGGUUGCUGUGGACGCCUCAGCAGUUGUGCUACCGGCAGCUCAUGAAGAGUCUGCGUGCGGCAUACUUUCACGAUCGAUCGAAACUCUUUUGGUCGCGUCACCGAGUGCUCGUGGAGUUCUAUAAGUAUUCCGGCGAAACGGACGAGGAGGCGAUUCGGCAGCUCGUGGGCAUAGGUCUUGAGGUUGCGGCAUUUAUACAGCACCACAUGCACACGGAUGUGGAACGCAUCAUCAAACACAACGAGAAAAUGCUCAUGCUUUCGGCAGACAAGGCGAAGAAGUUCCGCGCAGACUACCUGCUCGCUGAGAAACAGCAUGACUCGUGGUGCAAACAGAAGAUUAAAGCCAUUUUGACGCGCCGACCGCCCCCACCGUACCCAUUUUUUUAA